AUGGCUCAAACUCUAUAUUUCCCUCUCCUCCUCAUUGCUCUCUGCUCCAUAUCUGAAUGUGUUCAGCGUCAGUAUCACUUUAUAAAUGAGAAGAAGAACUGGACUGAAGCUCAGAGAUACUGCAGAGAGAAUUACACAGAUCUGGCCACUGUUGACAACAUGAACGACAUGAUCCAGCUGAUGAAGAGUGUGAAGUAUUACCGUGUCUGGAUUGGUCUUCAGAAGACCCAUGAGAAUAAAUGGCAUUGGUCUUCAGGAGAUCCUGCACUCUUUCUGAACUGGGCAUCUGGGCAACCAUACAGCAAUGAUAAUUGUACUGUUAUGAGAUAUGGACAGUGGAGUGUUGGGCCAUGUAGCAACAUCUAUUUCUUCAUCUGCUACAACACGAGCAAAGGACUGGUGUUUGUCAAUCAGCUGAUGACCUGGAGAGACGCUCAGAGUUACUGCAGACAGAAUCACAUUGAUCUGGUCAGUGUGAGGAACCAGAAUGAGAGUCAACAGCUGGAGAAGUUCAUUAAUGACAGAAACUCAUCUGGAUCUGCAGUCUGGAUCGGUCUAUUCAGAGACACAUGGCAGUGGUCAGAUCAGAGUAACUCCUCAUUCAGAUACUGGCAUACUACUCAACCUGAUAAUUAUGGAGGAAUUGAAAACUGUACUGUGAUCAGUCAGAACGUUCUGGGACGGUGGGCAGACUUCUCUUGUGACAGCAAGCUUCCUUUUGUGUGUCAUGAAGAUAAACUGAUUGUGAUCCAGCAGAAUCUGUCGUGGUCUGAAGCUCUGAGAUACUGCAGACAGAAUCAUGUGGAUCUGGUCUCGGUUCAGUCAGUGGAGAUGCAGCGUUGUGUGAUGAACGUGGUUAAACUGGCGUCUACUGAGGCGGUGUGGUUGGGUUUACACUACUUCUGCAGCAUAAACAUGUGGCUCUGGGUCAGUGGAGACAUGGUGUGCUAUCAGAACUGGGCUCCAGGGAACGGCAGCACACCGGAAAACUGCGGACUGGAGAACAGGAAAGGAGCAGUUCAGUCUGGAGGAGAUCAGACCUGGAUCAGCCUUCCUGAAUCUCACAGACUCAACUUCAUCUGCACUAACUACUGAGAGAAGAUGUGUCUGUGUUUACUUACAUUCACUGUGUUUCAACUUUUAUAUAUUUGGUUUGUUCUUUUGAAGGUUCUGAGGUUCUAUCA